UCCGGUUCCCUCCGCCGGGUCGGGGCUGCCCCGUCGGGUCCGCUCUGCGCUGCUCCCUCGCUCGGCUCCGGUUCGCCCCGUCGGGUGCGGUCGGCGCCGUCGGGGGUGUCCCGUGGGCCGGCGGCGGGAUGCGGGCGGUGGCGGCCGUGCUGGCGGCGGCGCUGGCGGUGGGGGCAGCCCUGCCCCGCCCGGGGCUGCUGCCGCACGGCCCGGCCCGCGGCGAUGCGCGGCUGCGGUCCGGCGACGACGAGAGCUCGCCCGGGGUGCCGCUCCGCCCUGCCCCGCGCCUCUACGGCCGCGCUGCCCGCCGCCUCUACGUGGGGACCAACGGGGUCAUCUCCACCCAGGAUUUCCCCAGGGAGACACAGUACGUGGAUGACGAUUUCCCCACAGACUUCCCUGUCAUCGCACCCUUCCUGGCCGACCUCGACACCUCUGGUGACAGAGGGAACAUCUACUACCGACAAGACAACUCUCCGGAUGUGCUGGACCAGGCUGCGGGCUAUAUCCAGGCUGGGUUUCCCCGCACCGCCAGCUCCUUCGUGCCCACCAAUGCAUUCAUCGCCACCUGGGAGGAUGUGGGCGCCUACCAGGAGCUUUCACAGGACACUGGGCCCUCCAGGAAGCUCAACACCUUCCAGGCAGCCAUGGCCUACAACAAUGAGGACACCUAUGUCAUCUUCUUCUACCCUGAGGGCAGCCUCCAGUUCCUGGGGACGCGGCCCAAGGAGUCGUACAACGUCCAGCUGGAGCUGCCGGCCAGAGUGGGCUUCAGCUGGGGGGACGGCGAUGACCCGAAGAGGGACGGGCUCUUCCACAGCCUGGCCAGCAGUGAGCCGGCUCUGAGGAACCUGGAGCGGGAGAGCAACACGGGGGUACCAGGUGUGUGGGUCUUCCACGUGGGCAGUGUGGCGCCCUUAGAGCACGUGGAGCCGGGAGCUGGGCCCGUACGUCAUGCCUCCGGCAGUGCCGACUACACCCGCACGCUCUACAGCCGUGCCAACCACUACAGCCAUGCUGACCAUGCAUCCACGGAGCUGCCGGCACAGCACGGCUCGGAGACCACGCAUCCUGACCAUGGACCCCGCUCCCCAGCACUGCAGGGCAUUGUCCCCAAGGGGCUGCCUGCAUCCCUGGGGCAGGAGCGGAGCCGCCGGCUGCACCCUGAUGGGGAUGGCAGUGCCCGGCAGAGCUACUCUGCCAACCCCUCUUUCUACAGCUCUGGGCAUCACGGUGUCGGCGUGGAGGAAGACGUGCAUUUUAACCCUGAUGUGUUCACCUACAGCGCGGCCAGCAGAGAGACAUGUGCCCAGCACCAUGAGCGCUGCUCCCCGCACGCCUUCUGCACUGACUAUGCCACCGGCAUCUGCUGCCACUGCCGGGCCACCUACUACGGCAAUGGCCGGCAGUGCCUGCCUGAAGGGGCUGUGCAUCGCCUCAACGGGAAAGUGAGCGGGAGCCUGAUGGUGGGACAGGCGUCCAUCCGCUUCCAGGACGUUGACCUACAUGCAUACAUUGUGGGCAGUGACGGCCGAGCCUACACGGCCAUCAGCGGGGUGCCCCAGCCCGCUGCCCGCGCCCUCCUGCCCCUCCUGCCCAUUGGCGGGCUCUUCGCAUGGCUUUUUGCCCCGGAGGAACCCGGCUCUGAGAAUGGCUUCAGCAUCACUGGUGCUGAGUUCACCCAGAACCUGGAGGUGACCUUCUACCCUGGGGAGGAGACAGUCCACAUCACUCAGACAGCCGAGGGCCUGGGGGCAGACAAUUACUUAAGCCUUAAGACACGCAUCCAGGGCCAGGUGCCAUUUCUCCCCGAGAACAUCGCUGUCCACAUUGCUCCCUACAAGGAGCUCUACCACUACUCCAGCUCAGCAGCUGUGACAUCUUCUGCUCAGCGGGAGUACGUCCUGAUGGCGGGGACCGCCAACCGGACUUUGUCCUACCGCCUGCGGCAGAACAUCACCUUCUCCGGCUGCCCGCACACCCGCCUGCUCGCCCGGCAGCGCCUGAGCGUAGCGCGCGCCUUCACCCUCUAUGACAGCCAGGAGCACGUCCUGCGCUACGCGCUCGCUGCCCACAUCGGCUCGGCAGGAGACAAUGCUGAGAAUUCCCCAGUGAACCCAUGCCACGACAGCACACACACAUGCGAGGCAACAGCACGCUGCCAGCCCGGCACAGGGAUGGAGUACACAUGCGAGUGUGCAGCUGGGUACCGCAGGGAUGGACGGGGUUGCCGAGAUGUGGAUGAGUGCGCGGAGGGCCUGAGCCAGUGCGGCCCCUUCACUGUCUGCCUGAAUGGGCCAGGCAGCUACCGGUGUGAGUGCCGCAGUGGGUACCGGCCAGCAGAGGACGGGCAGGGGUGUGUGUCGCUGGCACCAGUGAGCAACCCCUGCGAGGACGGGAGCCACCCGUGUGCGCCAGGGGACCGUGCGCGCUGCCUGCCCCGCGCUGGCGGCCGCCCUGCCUGCGAGUGCCUCCCUGGUUACACUGGUGAUGGCAUCAACUGCUCUGACGUGGAUGAGUGUGCUGAAAACCUGUGUCACCCAGCCGCUGUCUGCUACAACACGCCGGGCUCCUUCUCCUGCCGGUGCCAUCCUGGCUAUGAGGGCGAUGGCUUCCAGUGCAUGCAAGGGAGCACGCAGCGGCUGACACCCUGCCAGCACGAGCAGCUGUACCCACGGGAGGUGCCACCAGGACCCUCACCUGUGAGCAAUGGACAUGUGCCCCAGUGUGAUGAGGAGGGUCGGUACCGUCCCCUGCAGUGCCACAGCAGCACCGGGCACUGCUGGUGUGUGGAUGCCGCGGGGCAGGAGAUCGCAGGCACGCGGACGGCACCGGGCAGCAUGCCGCCUCGCUGUGGGACCCCAGCAGAGUCCGUCCAGCAGCUGACCCCCUGUGAACAUGAGCGGCUGUACCCACGGGAGGUGCCACCAGGACCCUCACCCGUGGGCAAUGGGCAUGUGCCCCAGUGUGAUGAGGAGGGUCGGUACCGGCCCCUGCAGUGCCACAGCAGCACCGGGCACUGCUGGUGCGUGGAUACGUCAGGGCAGGAGAUUGCGGGCACGCGGACGGCACCGGGCAGCACACCGCCUCACUGCGGGACCCCAGAGCCCACAGAGCGGCCCCACACCAUGUGUGAGCGCUGGCGGCAGAGCUUGCUGGAGCACUACGGGGGCAGCCCCCGCAGCGACCAGUAUGUGCCGCAGUGCGACAUGCAGGGCAACUUCAGCCCGCUGCAGUGCCACGGGGACAGCGGGUACUGCUGGUGCGUGGACGAGAGCGGCAGGGAGAUCCAGGGUACGCGCUCAGAGCCCGGCAGCACCCCUCCAUGUCUCCCCAGCGUUGCGCCGCCCAGCAUCUGGCCCUCGCCCCGGCCUGACGUGUCCCCACCAGCCACAGGGACGUUUCUGCUUUACGCUCAGGGACAGCAAAUCGGCUACCUCCCGCUCAACGGCACGCGGCUGCAGAAGGAGGCGGCGAAGACCCUGCUCUCCCUGCAUGGCUCCAUCGUGGUGGGGAUCGACUAUGACUGCCGGGAGAAGACUAUCUAUUGGACUGAUGUGGCUGGACGGACCAUAAGCCGGGCGAGUCUGGAGCCAGGUGCUGAACCAGAGACCAUUAUCAACUCAGGACUCAUCAGCCCCGAGGGGCUGGCGGUGGACCACCUGCGCCGAGCCGUGUUCUGGACUGACAGUGGCCUGGAUAAGAUCGAGAGAGCCCGGCUGGACGGCGCCGAGCGGCGGGUGCUCUUUGACACAGACCUCGUCAAUCCCCGGGCCAUCGCGGUGGACCCUGUCCGCGGCAAUCUUUACUGGACAGACUGGAAUCGCGAGGCACCCAAAAUUGAAACAUCCACUGUCAAUGGAGCCAACAGGAGGGUCCUGGUGAAUAAGGACAUCGGCUUGCCCAAUGGCCUGACCUUCAACCCCUUCUCCAAGCUCCUCUGUUGGGCAGACGCAGGAACAAAGUACCUGGAGUGCACAUUCCCUGAUGGCACAGGCCGGCGUGUCAUACAGAACAACCUCAACUACCCCUUCAGCAUCACCAGUUACGCCGAUCACUUCUACCACACAGACUGGAGACGGGAUGGUGUGAUAGCUAUCGAUAAGGAAACUGGCUCCUUUACUGAUGAGUAUCUUCCAGAGCAGCGAUCACAUCUCUAUGGAAUAACGGCAGUUUAUCCCUACUGCCCUGGAGCAAGGAAAUAGUAACUGCUAUUUCGAGAAACAACCAUCUUGGCACCCAAAAGAACUUCAGACCCAGAAAACUAUCACUGCACACAGCUAAGAGGGGAGAAACCCUUAACCAAGGCCAAUGAAGCAACCUACUUUUCUACAAAAGAUUAUUUAGUAUUUUUUGAAAUGAUACCUCAAGUCUUUACUACUGUAUUUUUUUUUUUAAAGUGGAAAACAUCAAUAUAUUACCAAAAGAAUAAAAAUGGUCCUGUGGAUCUUAGGCAAGCAAACUUAAAAUGUAGUUUCUUAUUCAAAUGAUUUAUUUUAUUAGAAGAAGAGUGGAUUCAUUUUUAAUAGGUUUGACAAUCUGACCAACAGGUCCUUUUAGCCAAAAAAAUAAGCGCCUGUGGGGAAGCUUUGGAUGCAGUAUUUGCUGGGUCUAAGUUAUGUACAGCCCUGAAGAGAGAGACCGUGUGUGCUCUAACAGUGUGCGGAACAGUUACGUGAUGUGGCAAAGGCAUGGAAUUUUUCCAGAAGACAACUCUAUUUUCACCACUGCCUCAAUGCAUGUAUUUUAGUAUUUAUAUUAGAAGAAUAUGCUAGAAUUGAUCUGUUCAUGCUUGUUGGUUCUUCUAAGUGCCUUCAUAGACCUACCCAAUGUAGACCAAUACAUGUUCAGAAAUACCAUUUACGAUGUAAUGCUUCACUUUUUCUAGGUUACUACAAUAAUUGAAUAAAAUGGUUGGUUUAAGUUUC